UUUCCACAUAUAUAUAUAUAGGUUUUGGAGCAUAUAGGAGUAGUACAGUUACAAGAUCUUGAUCCUUUUUUCAAAGUUUUAUCAACAAAGAGUAAAAAAGAUCGUUCCUUUUUGCUUUGAUUCUCCAUAUAUAGUCGCAAGAAACCAUUUUUAUCAAUACCCAUUUUGUUCUUCUUUGUCUUUUGGUUUUGGAUUGAUUAUCCAAUGGGAAAAUUGCAAGAAAAUCAGCAGCUUGGUGUUGAUGGAGCUCAGAAUAAUGGGUGUUGCAGAUGGAUCACGGAAGAUUGUGAAGCUUCAAUGGAGUCUUCAAUGGAGCUCAGUUCUGUAAAUUCUGAAGCAUCUUCUUCUUCUUCUUCUUCUUCUUCUUCUUCUUUGGAUAUGGUGGAAGAUGCCAUUUCUCCGGUUUCAAGUUCUUCAUUUUCAUCGUGUUCUUCAAAUGGGCCUCUUUAUGAGCUAUCAGAGCUAAUGGUUCAUCUUCCUAUGAAGAGAGGGUUGUCUAGAUAUUAUGAUGGUAAAUCAGAGUCUUUUACGUCUCUAGCAAGUGUAGAAAGAUUAGAAGAUUUGGCUAAGAGGGUGUCUCCAAUUACCAAAAAGUUCAAGUCUUGCAAGAGUUUUGAUGGUCAUAAAUCCAUUAUUCCAAGGGCCACCAUAGCCAAGAAAGCUUCAAGAUCAAGAGGGAGAACUAGUUUGCUUUGUGGAUCUAGGUCUGCAAUCCCUGUGAAUGGCCACUGAUUACUUUCCUUGCUCGAGUUCAACGAUUGUCGGGUGGGAAUUGAACAUCGAGAUAAUUGAUGUCUUAUCCAUCGAAUUAAUCUUGAAUUCGUGCAUUCAUUACUAACCCUAUGCCAUAAUUUCCCCCUUUCUUAUUUUUCUAAGGAAUUUUGUUUCAACCUUCAAUUGUAGAUCAAUGAUUUUGCAAUACUUGCGAGCUUUAAGCUGCUAACAUGGAUGACGGAUUG